AAGCUAGCUGCUAAGUUUAGAUAUAGGUAUAAGUAUAAGUAUAAGUAUAGGUAUAGGUAUAGGUAUAGGUUAGGUUAGGUAGGUUCUCUCCUAUGUUUUACUUUGGGGUAUGGGCUAGGCAAUACGCUCUGGAGUUAAGUAACUUGGGCUGGAGUAAGCCAUCUAGAAGAUGUAAUGAAUGAGCUUCGGGUAUGACCAGUAACACCUCUCUCCUCGUCGCCAUCCUCUCAGCUCGUUCGAUUUCGCCUUCGGGCCAUAUAACAAGCUGCACGUUGCCCACCUCUUGGUUGCGGCGUUUUGAUACGCCUCUCAUCCCCCCCCCCCCACGUAUUCUCUCCUAUUCUCAUUCCCAUGGAGCCGACGCUAUUCUGCGCCAUCCAAGUACCGAGAGCUUAGGUCCCUAAGUUACGGAGCCGCUGACUUCGAAGCCGGCAAUAUGGGGCAUCGGAACGAUUUGAUCGCGGCCAUGAUCGUCUUCUUGAUAGUUGACACCUUGGCCAUGGUCGCGCGCCUCUACGUUCGAAUCAAAGUGUUGACCCGUGGCUUCGGGUUGGAUGAUGUUGUGCUUAUAUUGACAUAUCUUGGUUUCGUUAUCUCCUGUGCUAUGGGCUUUACGUCUAUGCACUAUGGCUACGCUGCCCAGGACCAGCAACCGCACUACAGCAAAGCCAAAUCCACGCAGUUCCUAUUCGCGAACCAGCUGUCGCUUUACAUCAGCGCCGGGCUUGUAAAGAUAGCCGUGGCGCUCGUUCUUUACCGUCUAUCCUCGACUAAGAAGCUGCGCUGGCUUCUGAUCGGGUCGAUGGCUGUCGUCGCCACCUGGACCAUAGUCAUGACGAUAUUCGCCUCGUGGCCUUGCGCUUCAAGCGGCGCCUCUAAUUGGGCCGGCAGCAAAGCUUGUACGCAAGUCGGCUACUUUCGUACCAUCACUAAUAUCUUUAUCGACUACUUCUAUGCGCUACUGCCGAUAUACAUACUCAGAAAUGUGCACAUGAGCACCAGAUUAAAAAUAUCUGUAUUACUGCUGCUAGGGUUAGGCGCAUUCGCAAGUUCCGCGACCAUCGUGAAGCUCGUCAUCAUCGUGCGGCUAUCGACGGCCAAGGGCGAAGAAGCCCAAUCCCUGCACUACGACCUGCUCCUCUGGGCCGACAUCGAGCUCGGGAUGGCCACCUUCGCGGCGUCCGCGGCCGCGCUCCGGCCCCUGCUCAAGCACAUCCCGGCCUUCUGGACGAAGAGCCAGCCGUCGUCGUCGAAUAACCGCAGCCGCAGCCGCACGACGAGCGAGGCCGUCGGACCGUACCAAGAGCUCGGCGCGAGCAAUGAGCUACACGUCGUGGCUACGCGUGAUCCGAGAGGGGCGAAUCGGAAAGAUUCCGACGAGGAGUUAUUUGUGGUUUGAGGGCGUGGGAUCCGAGGACGGCUUUUGUGAGUUAGGUACCUAGGUAGGUAGGUACUUUGGAUGAGGGGACUAUGAAAAACCCCUGAUUUUCCGAUCUUAGUAUGUCUAAGAUCAAUCAUUAUUAUGUAUAAUAUUAGUUGCCGGUUGGAACAGCCGCACGUGUAUUGGGACCAGUUACGUAUUGCCCCUUGGGCUUAUCUAGGAGACGCACGAGGAGGUAUGUUUUCCCUUUUAAUCUUUACAAGAGCUCGUUUGAACUUACGUAUAUCGUAUAUAGGCCAGAAAUUAUACUCAAGCAUGUUGACUAGCAAUGACACCAAUAGAUACCUAAGGUACCUCAUACUCAGCCUAAGCUAUAUUGACCAUGACAC